AUAUAACUAUGACCGAUAUGAGUCAAAUCAAUCAGUUUUAUUCAGCUUACGAAGUUGAAAACAGCAAUCAUGAAACUUUUGCUCGUACUUUUGGCUUGCAUUGCAGCCACCAACGCCGGUUAUAGCUACAGCUAUUACUGCGCUCACAAGUUUAAUGUCGUCCCAUGCACAAGGUACUUCACAUACAAUGUUUACUUCAAGAACUGUUGGUGUUCCAGUGCUUAUUAUUCCAAUGUAUUGAAGGUUUACCCCGGUGCUGAUUGUGGCAAAGAGGGAUGGACCGAAACCCCUGUCAGUGAGUUGACCACUGAGUUAACCAACACACUCAAGGACUCUCUCUUCAAGAUCACCAAGGAAAUGGAUGAUAGGAAGCAAUCUUGGUUGAAAUACCUUGAUGAAACUAUCGCUUCUUACAAGGAAAGUUACAAGACUUACAUCACCAAGUAUUACGGAUACAGAAUCGAAUGCGCAAAGACCGACGAAGAGAAGGCAACCCUCGCCAAGGAACGUGAUGACAAAAUCAAGGAAUACAAUGAGAAACUUGAUGCUUCCAGAAACGAAGCUCUCAAGAAAUAUAACGAAGCUAUUGCUGCUAAAGUUGCCGCUGUCAGUGAAUAUCAUCAGAAGCUUAUUGAAAACGCCACCAAGUGUUUGACCAGCCGUGUGGAGAAGAUCAAGGAAUACAAGAAGACACUCGCCCUCAAAGUGAAGUCUUACGUGCAGAAGUUCUUGGACUACCAUGUUGCUGUUCUUAAGCAGAAGGAGGAAUACUAUAGACAAGUCUUGGCCAAGAUCUACGGCAGUGAAACAUGGGAGAAGGCAAAGGUUGAUGAAGUUUUGGUAAGUUACCACCGCCAAGAACUCAGAGUAAUCAGCAAACUUGGAAAGGAAUAUACAGCUAAGUUGGCGACCUCCAUGAAGCAAUUGAUCACCUACUACACUUGUGCAUACAAAUGUACUUUGUCCAACUCCUGCCUCAGAUUCUACCAGAGGAAUUACUACAGCUGCAGCUACAAGCUUGGUUGUUGGUGGAGAUACACAAGCUCCUACAGAUGCGUUCGUGCAUGUUUGAACCCAUUCACUUACAACUGGCGUAAGGUCACCUACAAGGGAUUGUGCAAAUGCGACCUCACCAAGGUAAACAAGCCCGUUGAAGACAUUGUCAAGGACAUGACUGAUAAGGUGAAUGCCAUCAUCGCCGAGCGCCAACAGAUCUUCAAUGAUUUGAAACUUAAGUGGAGCAACUACCAUGUUGACUACAUCAAGGCUUACACCAAGAUUAUUGAAGAAAGACAUGAAUUCUACAUCAAAUAUGUCACCAAGAAAUAUUCCAUGCAGACAUACUGCAGCACCGGAAGUUACGAACUCACCGACGAACAAAAGGCAGAGAUCGCCAAGCUUACCGCUGAACUUAAGGAGAAGUUGAGAGUUGCUGUUGCCGAAUACACAGCCAAGCUUGCAGCCCUUAUCCAGGAAUGCAUUGUUAGUUUCAACAAACGACUUGCUGAUUACAAGAAGCUUGCUUUCGAAUACAUUGAAUCAAUCAAGACCAAAUACAACGCUUGUCUCACUACGAGAGCUUCCAACAUCGCCGAUUACCAGAAGAAACUUGAAAAAUCUCGUGAUGCUCAACGCGCUGCUUUGGAUAAGAGCUUGAAUGAUGCCAAACUUGCCCACAUGGACGCUUACGACAAACUCUUGGCACAAUUCCACCCCGAAGCGUUGGAUGAAGCUGUCAUGGCUAUGAGGAGUUGUUAUUCCACCAAGUUGGUUGACUAUUGUUCUGCCAUCCUUGCUGACUUUGAUACUUACUGGGCAACCACCAUCCCACAACUUGUACAACAUUAUGCUUGCCACUACAAGUGUGGUAUCAGGUAUUGCAUCCCAUCUUAUCCAUGCGGAACCUACUUCAGAUGGUCUUACAAACUUCCUUCCACACAAUGCUACCAACUCUACUAUUCUUGCUACAGGCAAUAUGGAUGCUACUACACAAAGUAAACAAACCGUUAACUGCGUGUUGCCAUCACAACAGAGUGAAUUGUACUUUUAAAAUCAAAUAAAUGAUGGAAUAUACUAA